CUCCAGAUCCCACCUUCCUCCUCCUUGCUUGCUGUGGACACAACCAGCCCCUCAGUGCAGAGGCUCGGCGGUGGGUCAGGACACACAGCGGGGUCCCGGGGGACACCAGAACAUCCGUGGUCAGGCCAUGGCAGCCCAGCCUGUCGGGGGACAGAAGCCCUUCCACGUAGUUUCGCCCGUGCUGGAGAGCCUGCCCCUCUCCAAGGCCGUGGGCACCAAGGUCUUCAUGAAACUGGAGAACGUCCAGCCCUCGGGAUCCUUCAAGAUCCGGGGCAUCGGGCACCGGUGCCAGGAUGCUGCCAGGAAGGGCUGCCGCCGCUUCGUCAUCGCCUCAGGAGGAAACGCGGGUCUGGCGGCAGCGUACGCGGCCCGGCAGCUGGGGCUGCCCAUCACCGUGGUGCUCCCCAGCAGCAGCGGCCCCACCCCCGCCCGCAAACUGGAGCAACUGGGGGCCACAGUCGAGGUCUACGGCAAGGUGUGGGAUGAUGCCAACAGGCGAGCCCAGGAGCUGGCUAAGACAGAGGGCUGGGUCAGCAUCCACCCCUUCGAUCACCCCUUGGUGUGGGAGGGCCACGCCAGCUUGGUCCGGGAGCUGAAGGACUCUCUGGAGGCCAAACCAGGCGCCAUCGUGGUGGCGGUGGGUGGCGGGGGGCUGCUGGCCGGUGUCGUGGCAGGCCUGCAGCAGGUGGGCUGGCAGGAUGUCCCCAUCAUCGCCGCCGAGACCCAGGGAGCUCACAGCUUCCACGAGGCGCUGAAAGCCGGCCGGCUCGUCACCCUGCCCGACAUCACCAGCGUGGCCACCUGCCUGGCAGCCAAGACGGUGGCGGCGCGGGCGCUGGAGUGUGCCCGGGAGUGCCAGGUGAUCUCGCAGGUGGUGGAGGACACGGAGGCUGUGCGGGCCGUGGAGCAGUUCCUGGAUGACGAGAGGAUGCUGGUGGAGACGGCGUGCGGGGCCCCGCUGGCCGUGCUCUACUCGGGCCGGCUGCAGCGGCUGCAGAGCCAGGGGAGGCUGCGGACCCCGCUGGGCUCCGUGCUGCUCGUGGUGUGCGGCGGCAGCAACAUCCACACGGGCCAGCUGCGGGACCUGAAGAGCCAGCUGGGGAUGCAGUGACACCCGGCCCGGGCACGGGAUGUGACAGAGCCCGGCUGCCGCGCUCCGCUCGCUUUCCUUCCCAAAGAACCGAAAUAAAGCCCGGGGACGCGGGGCCGGGCUCCUCACGCAGCCUUUUCCAACACACCGCACCCAUGCACGGAUGGGGAAACUGAGGCAGGGUGGUGCCCGUGCUGAGGGCGGGACUGGGGUCCGCACAUUCCACUUUUAUCCUCCCUACAACCAUCCGCCCCUCUCUCCUCCCUCCCCCUGCUCCUCCCCGGGCUGUUUGGGCUGCAGCUCCCCACCUCAAUUAGCAAACGCUCCCUCUCUAAUUACUUUACUACUGACUUUAUGCGUUAUUAUUGUAAUGAUUAUUAAUUAAUACAAUCUUCUCCCGUUCCUGCCACGUUGGCUGUGGCCAGACGAGAACACAGCUCUUGUUACGGUGGUUUACCCCCGGGGAUCCCCGGCCGGGUUUAGCACCUGGGGCUCCGAGGUGCUACCCCAUCCCAGACCCCCGAGGAUCCCUUUUUUCUGCCCCCAUCCCACUCUUUUCCCCAUUCUCCCAUUCCCCCAGGCUUUCCUGCUCUCCUACAUUUCCAUUCUGCAGCUCUGUGUUUGCUUUUAGCCCUUUGCUGUGGCGCCUCCUGGGGUUUUUCUGUAUCCUCCCAACAUUUCUCCCCUCUCCUUCCUCCCACUCCGGGUGAUGCGGGGUUUUGCUCCUGCUGAUGCUCCCCAGCCCCACCUGGUUCCCCUGUGAGCCUGUGCGCAGGGAGAGGAGCCUCUUGCUGUCCCCAAACCCCUCUCAGCCUCUUUUUUGGAGCAGAAGGGUGUCAGCCCCAGGACCAGCUCACCCCCAUCCCUGCACAAAGCCCUUUCCCUGAGCUGGCUGGAACCCCUCCCUGCCCUAAGCCCCCCACCGGCCAGGCCCCCUCCCCAGGUGAUUGGAGGAGGCCAAACCCCCAUAAAUCAAAACUCUGCCACUCCAUCGUGAGCAAUAUCUUAUGUAAAAAGGUGUUUCCAGGGAGCACCGAAGGCUGGAGAAUCCUAUUACGAGGCACACUAUUAAUUAUAAGGAGUCAGCCCAGCCUACUCCAGCUAUUUUUUAUCCCAAGUCCAAAACCUGAUUACUUUCCACCUUCUGCAGACCUUCCCCUUCCGAAAAAAUAAGAAGGCAAGAAGGUCAGGAAAAGAAAAAAAAAAAAAAAGCCAGCAAACAAAAAAGGAAUAGCGCUGGUGUUUGCCCAACAGCUUUUAAAAAGGAAUUUAUUCCCGCGAUUCUGCUCGGGGGGUGGGUCAGGAGCUCACGAUGGUGAUUCCUCAGCACAGAAGGGUCAGUGCUGGUGGUGACAUGGGCAUGACUGUGGGGUUUGGGGUGACACCCCCAAGUGCCCCAACAGGGAGAUUUUCCCCUCCUUGCCUUCAUGAGUCCUUCGGGUGCCAGCUGGGGGUGUUGGGCUCAUGUGCCCGGAAGGGAUGUGAGGUGGCUGGGGACACCUCUGGGAGGUGGCACGGCCCCAGCUGGUGACCUCUGGUCGCUCUGCAGCUGGAGACGAGCAGGAAUCCUGAGUGCUGCUGCCUUGCUGGGAGUUUUUGGGGUGAUGGGGAGCCCGGGUUUGGCUCCUGCACCCAGCCUGGAGCUGCAGAGCUCCUCUGUGCCAGGGGAUUAUUCCUUGGGAUCAUCCCUGCUGUGAUGGCUGUUCCUGCUGAGCCCCAUCCUCCUGCGAGGUGGCAGCUUGGAGCACCAUCCCCAAUCCCUCCUGCAGCCUCUUCUGCCCAGGUCCCCGACAUGGGGGUGUCCCAGCAGCCUAAAAACAACCCUCAGCUCUAUGCCUUGGAUUUUGAAUUAAUAAUAAUGAUGAUAAUAAUAAUAAUAGCAGCCAGUGCUCA